AUGGAACAGUACGGCAACACAGCGACUUUUAACGUAGAGUCGGUUUUGCAAAAAAAUAUCGUGAACUCGGAGUAUUACCGGGACACGUGCAUGAAGCUGGGCACCUGGGAGGAGGUUGUGGAUGAGAUCUAUUACAGUGUUCAGGAUGUUGAGCCCUGGAUGAGUGGCAACGCUCGUGGAGCGUCCUCAGCAUUUUGCCUGCUCUACAGGCUUUUUACGUUGGUUCCAUCCAAACCGCAGAUAAAGAACCUCUUGGAUCACACUGAUUCGCCAUACAUUCGAGCGGUUGGAUUCCUGUACCUUCGCUAUGCGGCCAACCCACGGACUCUGUGGGAGUGGAUCCAGCCGUAUGUCAGGGACAGCGAGGAGAUCGACCCCAGCCCGGAAGGACAUGGCAAGACUGUGACAAUGGGCGAGUUUGUGCGUGAUGUUUUCCUCGAACAGUACUAUUUCGAGACGAUCUUCCCGCGCAUCCCCAAGCCGGUGCACGACGACUUUGUGUCCAAGCUGACCGCGCUCGGGCUGCCCAGCCGGGCAGUGGGCAACGCCGGCCAGGGCGGCACCGACCGCCGCGGCAUCGAGGAAGCCAACCGGCGGCCCGCCUCCGUCAAGGCCUCCCUGUCUGUGGCAUUUGGGCAGCGUGCUCCAAACCGCGCAACGGCGCGAGAGGAGGGCCGUGGCCUGGGUGCCGGCAUGAAGGGCGGCUCUGGCGCGGCACUGCCGCCGCCUCGGUCACCUGCGCGGCCCCGGGACAGGGACGUGGAAAGGGAGAGGAGGCCAGAUGGGGGCAGCAGCAGAGACCGCGACAGGGAGAGAGACAGAGGGCGCAGUGAUCGGGACAGGGAUAGAGACAGGCACUCCUCACGUGACGCCAGGAUCGGGGACAGGGACCGUGACAGGGAGAGGGAGAAGCGGCGAGAUGAUGCAGGAGACAGGAAGCGGCACAGGGAGGAGGGUGACAGGGACCGGGGGCGGGAGCACAAGCACAGGCACAGCAGCCGCGAUCGCGAUGGGUACCGCCGCUGAUGUCAGCGCCACCGAUGUCAGCGCGCGAUGUCAGAAAUGUCAAUGUCAGCGCGCGAUGUGAGGGAUGCUGAUGUUACCAACUUGUGUCAGCAUAGCUCCAUGUCGAUUGCUAUGCCGCAGCGGACCUUGCUGGUCAAGCGAAAACGGAAUGCAGGACAUACCAAGGCAGUGUGAGAGCCCAGUAUUGCGCAAACUUUAAACCUUAAUUGUUGAAUUGAGGGGGCACCCACAAUUUGUGAUAUCGGCGCUGCAUUGUGUUCUGGCCAGGCGUGCUUUUGCCUGAUGUGUGCCAUUUGCUGGGAGGCACCUACAUUGACGUGAAUCCUCCACUGCCUGGCAGGGUCCCACUGAUUUGGGGUGUCUGAUGGUGAAAUAUUAGAUAUCUGCUGGUAGCAUGGUAGCAUGGCCCACACGUGGCCCAAAUCCUAGAAUUUUUAAAGGUUUGUUUUUGACGACGGUUGCAUGCUGCUGUCAGGCUGAUAAACAUGGAUGCAAGAUUGCAUCCCAGAUGGGAUUGCCAGGAAUGCGAUUGUAAGCCAUCAAUCCAUGGCGGCACUUCUCUAGUUCUUAAGACAUCACUGUCAGUGUGAGUCACUGAGUUACAUAGGGGCCCCCGGA